GCCAGCUUUGCCUCCCCAGCUUUACUCUACAAGCAUGUCCUCAGACGUGCAGCCGUGUGAUGGAGCGGAUCAACUGACUUCCAGAGAGCACCGGACGAAGGUAACCCGCUGCACGAGUAGCAGAAAAGCCUGAGAGCAGGGGCACCCCAAGCUGACCCCAUCCGGAGACUUCUUCCUGGGCUGAACACAAUGGAAACUGUUUGACAGUGGAAGUGGAGGUUUACUGUACAGUAGCUCAGCUGGAGUUCCUCACCCCUUCAUGACAUGCAGUGAGCCGAUGCCACUAACAGGUGCAAAGGCGAUUCAACGCCUGAACUCCAACUGAAUAGAAGAACAUCCCCAAGACCAGAUGCAAUGGAGAUGUUCAAUUUCACCAACUUCACCUACUGGAAUGCCUCAGAAGGCACUGACGCAGGGCCUGUCACUGAACCCGAAAGCCCAUACAAGACUGUGGAGGUGGUGUUCAUCGUAUUGGUGGCUGGGUCCCUCAGCCUGGUCACCGUUAUUGGAAAUAUCCUGGUCAUGCUUUCCAUUAAGGUCAAUAGGAACCUACAGACUGUCAACAACUACUUUUUAUUCAGCCUUGCGUGUGCUGACCUAAUCAUCGGGCUGUGUUCCAUGAACUUGUAUACAGUAUACAUAGUGAUUGGCUACUGGCCCUUAGGGCCUGUGGUGUGUGAUCUGUGGCUAGCCUUGGACUAUGUAGUGAGUAACGCAUCUGUCAUGAACCUACUCAUCAUCAGUUUUGACAGAUACUUCUGUGUCACAAAGCCCCUCAGCUACCCUGUCAAAAGGACCACCAAGAUGGCAGGGAUGAUGAUUGCUGCUGCCUGGGUCCUGUCCUUCAUUCUGUGGGCCCCGGCCAUCCUUUUCUGGCAGUUCAUCGUGGGCGGGCGGACAGUGCCUGAGAGGGAGUGUUACAUUCAGUUCUUCUCUAAUGCAGCAGUCACCUUCGGCACGGCCAUCGCAGCCUUCUACCUGCCCGUUAUCAUCAUGGUCAUUCUCUACAUACAGAUCUCUAUAGCCAGUAAAAGCCGGGUGAAGAAAGAGACCAGGAAGCCGUCAGGGCCCAACCCAGAGGCCCUGUCCCACGAGCAGGCAAGGUGCAGUAAUUCUGCCAAGCCCAUCAACAACAACGUGACAGCAGAGGACACAGAGCAGGGCAGGACCGAAGCCAUAGAUGACGUGGCCAACCAGCACGACGGUAAACUGCAGAACGGCAAGGGCCCGUCCACCACGGGUGGAGAGGGGGAGAUGGAGGGCGUGGACAGGGGUAGGGAGAACUGUGCCCACGGAGAGGAGAAAGAGAGCUCCAACGACUCGACAUCUGGCAGUGCAGCGGCAUCCAACCACAAAGAAGAAGAAGCGGUGCCAUCCAGAGCAAACUGCAACACCGAGCUCGUUCAGCAACCAACCCGCCACCGGGCCAAGGCAGGCGGCUCCAAACUCACCUGCAUCAAGAUUAAGACCAAGUCUCCCAAGGGGGACUGCUACACGCCCUCCAACGCCACGGUGGAGAUCGUCCCCGCCACGGAGAAGCAGAACCACGUGGCGCGGAAAAUCGUGAAGAUGACCAAGCAGCCGCCCAAGAAGAAGAAAGCGCCACCGUCUCGGGAGAAGAAGGUGACCCGUACCAUCAUGGCCAUCCUGGUGGCCUUUGUGGCCACCUGGACCCCUUACAAUGUCAUGGUGCUCAUCAACACCUUCUGCUCCAGCUGCAUCCCCAGUACAGUCUGGACUAUCGGCUACUGGCUGUGCUACAUCAACAGCACCAUCAACCCCGCCUGCUAUGCCCUCUGCAAUGUCACUUUCAAAAAGACAUUCAAACAUCUCCUCCUCUGCCAAUACAAAAACAUUAGGUCAGCUAGAUGAAUAUGGAUGCGAGUGUGGAUGUGUGUGUGUGAGCAUGUGUGUGUGUGUGUGUGUGUGUGUGUGUGUGUGUGUGUGUGUGUGUGUGUGUGUGUGUGUGUGUGUGUGUGUGUGUGUGUGUGU